AUGGAGGCCGUCGCCACUGAAGACGUGCCUAACCCUAGUGGAAGAGUCCUCCGGAAGAGGAAGAGGACUAUCCUGUCACAUGUGGACGGCGAAGGUGGCGAGAAUCUCAACAAUGAUCACAAAGACAACCAUUAUCAGAACGCUGGCAUCAAUCCUUCAGACGAUGAAGUCUAUAAUGAAGAUGAUGGCCAAGAGCGAUCGGGAGUGAAGGUCAAGGCUUCCAGAAAGAAGGUCCAGCCUCGAAAGAAGGCAAAGACGAGUGUCCAGGCUAUACAGCCAGCUGCGGACUCGACCGAACCUAAUAGCUCUUCUGGUGUGAAUACCGACCAACAGAUCAAUCGACACAGCCAUCCAGCACUUGCUCAACCUUCGGCCACAGGAAACGCUCAGGGUACCGCCACGCCAAACGUACAGCAAGAUAUCAAAGUCGAUGAUACCGCGGACGACGACAAAAAAUGGGAGAUCAUCACACCCGACGAAGGCCGCUAUAAGCUCGACCAGGAGCGUUCCAUGACGCUCCAGCGGCGCCACAAGAUCUCUGGACUCGUCAAGUCGGCUACCUACGGCUGCGCUUAUGAUGGAGAGGAGAAUAACGGCAACGCGGGAACCAACUCAGUCAAGGAGGAAAUGGGUGACAUGGCGCCAGCAAACGAUGCGAGGACUGCCCCUUUCAUUAUCGCACGUCGAGAGGGUGAUCGAGUGAAGCUCCGCAUUACGGGCUUGAGGUCGCUCGUAAACUCCAAUCAGGUCGAACAAGGAAAUGGCGAAGGUUCUUCUGUCAGUCCUCGACCACAGCCCACCACUGCGAAUUCCAGGGCUGAGCUUGUCGCUGGCAAGAAGCGUAGGAAUAUUGAUCCUGAUGACAGUUACGUUUCAGUUGGGCGACGGUCGAAGCGAGCGAAGACGGGGCCGGUGGAGCAAGAUGACGAUGAGGUGAUGGAGAUAGGACAGAUGAGGCACAUCCAGGUGGUGAUGACGAGUACGAGGACGAGCUGUAAGAAGACGUGA